AUGAGCUCUGUCAACGAGGCCUCGUCGCUUUUUGGCGGCGCGGAUAACGGCGGCUCGGACCCGUUCGACAGCAUCGGCGGCACUCCCUCUCUCGACGCGCACCCUGCCGCCCAGGAUCCCAUCUCGGACUUGUUUGGAAACGAUACGGACUCUGGGUCGCACGACGCGUUUGCGAAUAUCAACAGCGAGCCUGCUGCUCCUGCGCAGAAUCAUUACGCGCCGCCUACGCAACCGAGUACCCAGAACGGUUACUCGGCACCUGCUGCUCAGCAGCACGCGUACGCUCCACCUGCGGCGCCGUCGUAUGCCCCGCCAGCUGCACCUAGCUACGCGCCGCCCUCGACAUACGGCCAACCGGCGUACUCGUCGCCCUACAGCCCACCUUCACAGCUGUACAAUGCUCCCACGCAAACGUACGGAACUCCCUCUCAAGCAUACGGAGCUCCGGCUCAGGCAUACGGUUCACCGGCUUAUGGAACUGUACCAGUACCAGUUCCCGCCACUCCGUCGGUCGACCCCAAGGCGAGCGUGGAUAGCUUCAGGCCCAAGACGAUGGGCGCGUAUGAUCCACCCAUUCCGGCCGCCAAGAAGAAGUCCCACGCACAUCGUCCUCCAAGUGCAGCACCGCCGAGCGUGUACGGCCAAUCACCAGUGACCCCGUAUGGUCAACCCAACGCGUACGGACAGCCGCCUGCGAACGCGUACGGGCAGCCACCACAGCAGCAGCCAACCGGUGCGACGGGCUUGCCUCCGCCACCUCGUUCGGGAAGUGCUGCCCCUGCACCCCCGCCCAGAGCAGGUAGCGCUGCUGGCUAUGCGCCGCCUCCACGUUCUGGUAGUGCGGCGGGAUACGCUCCGCCUUCGCGCACAGGGAGUGCGGCUGGCUACGCGCCGUCACCUCCACGCAGCGCGUUCUCACCGCCGCCACCUGCGCAUGCGCCGCCAAAGAGGCAGCCUAGUGCGCCCCCGCAAGCACCGUAUACGCCUCCACCGCCGCCUCCGGGAAGUAUGCCGCCCUCUACACAUCAACCUCCGCACUCUCCGCCACAGGCACAGGCGCCAUACAGCCCACCGAGUCAGGUCUAUUCACCACCGCCGACGAACAACCAGGUUCACUCUCCGCCUACGCAGGCUCCGCCGAGUUAUCUGUCAAGCCCGCCUCCACCUGUGCAACGUAUGGCAUCUCCCUACGACCCGCCAUCUCUUUCGCACCCGCCGCCAAAGGCCCCACCGCCUAUCGUGAACGGUGUACACGCUCCACCGCCUCCACCGGCGGCAGCUGCGUCGCCUCUCACGGGGACGGUAUAUGCUGACCACCCCAACCUUGACUUCAUGGAGGGCGGAGGUAGCAAUGAGGACUUCUUGACGAAUAUUGAGGAGUCUGGAGAGCCAAUGGGCGAGGACCUUGAAGGAGGAGCUACUGUCGAUCCGGAAGGUGGCGCGGACGCCGGUCCAGACACAGAGGGCCUUGAUCCUGAAGGCGGCGCGCACGUUGAUGUCGAAGGCACAUCCCCUGUCAUCACAAAUGCCCAUGACCAGGUCAACACUGAGGACGGGACAUCCGUUGAUCCUACGGAUGAUACCUCUCACGAUACCGGGUUAGGCGCUUCAGGGGGUAUUGCAGAAAGCCCGUCUCUAUCUGAGAGCGGCGUUGACUUCGAGGGCGGCGCGGCGUAUGACCCUGAAGGUGGUGGUGCCAACGAGGACCCAGAGGCAGUAGACUACUUCGCCGGCGUAGGAGACGACACCGUAACAGACCACGAUACGCCUCCUGCUGUAGCGAGAUCGUAUGCGUCGCCACCAGCGUCAACUCCAAGCUCGUAUGCACCUCCGCCAGCACCCUCCGCAAACUCGUAUGCACCACCUCCCGCACCACCCUCCGGACAAUAUGCGCCUCCUCCUGCUCCGUCUACACAUGGGCGAAAUGGCUCUGAUGGCACAAGCUCGACGAAGACGUCUCCUACCGCGCCUCCUCGGCCACCGUCGUCAGCAUAUGCCCCUCCCGCUCGUGCUCAGGACUCGCCAUACGCCCCUCCUCGCCGACUCACAACGGAUUCGCAUUAUGCGCCGCCUCCGUCCUCUACUGUCUAUUCUCCACCUGCGCCCUCAACUGCGUACACCCCGCCAACAUCGGCAUCGAAUGUAUACUCCCCGCCGCCACCGGCAUCUGUAUAUUCUCCACCGGCUACCCACGCGCCGCCUCCUGCUGGGAUGUACUCGCCGCCUGUGCCCGUACCGGGCACGUCAUCUGUCCGAAGCAGCCUGGAAGCGACGCGUCCUGGUACGGCGUCGUCAUAUGACCCUCCACCGGCCGCGCUGCAGCGUGCGAAAGCCCCUGCCGCUCGCGUUGCUUCACCCGCCGCCUCUAUCAAGUCGAACGUCUCGAGCCACGGUCAAUCAGCUUACGGCCCAUAUGGUGCACCGUAUACCGCCCCAUCAACGUCUGCUGUCGCACGCGAUCGCGCCGUGUCAAAUGGCUCAACAAGUUCGUCGGCAGCAUAUCCAUCCCUUCUGCCUUCCGUGCCUCCGCCUCUGUCAAUAGAGCCGACUCUCUCAACGAGCCAAAGUCAUGGGCAGACACUCUCGUACUCCGCACCGGCGCAGUAUGCACCAUCUCCGUCCUUGCUGGGUACGAACGAUAUGCUGCAGCGUACCGCCCGUCGUGCACCUGUCAUCUCUUUCGGCUUUGGCGGCAAGCUCGUUACGUGCUUCCACGGCAGUGGUACAUUGAACACGGGCUUUGAUGUUGCUCUUGCUGCGCGCCAGACAACAGCCGUCAGUGUACGUUCACUGCACAAACUCGCACCACCCUCCGCACUCGGCUCUGAAGGCGGCACGGCAGAGUUCCCUGGACCUUUGCUUGGUGAUCCCGGUAGUCCUACUACAGGCGUUGGUGUCGGCGUCAAUCUUGUAAGAGGAGGCGCAAGUGUCCAGGUCAAGAAUAAUAGGGCGAAGGUGACGAAGUACUUGGACGAGCGAGCAGAGGAGAUGAGCAGGGGUGUCGCCUAUAUCAGCGAUGAUAAGGAGAGGAGACAGGCGGAGGCUAGGCUCGUGCUCGUGAGGUUGUUGAAGGUCAUGGUGGACAACGACGGGGCAUUAUCCGGAAGCCCGAAGAUCGACGCUGCAGUACGCGCAGCACUUGUUCCACAUCUAGCGGAGGAGAUCGACGGUUCCGGCACUUUGAGCGCGUUACCCUCCGGUACGGACCUCGCCUUGGGUACACUGUCAAGCGCAUCGACGCUCGCGGACGACAUCCUGGCGUCAAGCACCACGCGGGGAUCAGCUCUCUCCCGUAUCGAGACAGCGCUGGUUCGGGGCGACCGUCAGGCCGCCGUUGCGACUGCACUCGACGAGCGGCUCUGGGCGCACGCGAUGGUCAUCUCGAGCAGCAUCGGCAAGGAUGCGUGGAAGAACGUUGUCAACGAGUUCCUCCGCGCUGAGCUCGGUGGCGAAGGUCGUGAGGGCAUGCGCCUCGCGUACAGUUUGUACGCUGGCGGCGGGGCCAAAUGCGUGCAAGCGCUCGCGCCGCCCGCGAAGCUUGGUCAGGGCGCUAUUCCUGCUCCCACGGCUCUUGCGGGCGCUAUUCCGCCCGAAGCGCUGGCGAAGUGGCCGGAAACGAUUGCCAUGAUCUUGCCAGGGCCGAGUCCUGCGGAGUGUUCGGCUGCGCUCAUGUCCUUUGGAGAGACGCUUGCGGCGAAUGGGUAUCCUGAAGCCGCUCAUGUCUGCUACCUGCUUGUGCCAUCGUCGCCGGUCAUCCAGAGCCUUGGCGCUGCCUCAGCGCGCGUUGUCUUGCUCGGCGCGAAGAGCCCGCUAUCUGUGCCCAACUUCCACACCGAGCACGACCCUAUCGUGUUCUCCGAGAUCGCGGAGUUCGCGGCGUCGCUCGUCCCUCCACCGGCCAAGGGUCAGGAGUCGUUCACUGGAUCUGCACAUCUACAAGCGUACAAGCUUGUUCGCGCGGCGCACCUCGCUGAACUCGGACACAUGGCCGCCGCUCAACGGUAUUGCGAUGCUAUCGCUGCGUCUCUCGCACGCCUGCCUCCGCCAGCGCAACAACAGCUUACGCAAGCGUUCGUCGAACAGCUGAAGGAGCUGACAACGCGUAUGGCGGCCGCACCUGUACUCGACAAAGCCGGCUCGUGGAUCGGCGGAAAGGUUGGCGUUUCUGUAGGCCGGCCAAGCCUCGACAGUAUCGGAAACUGGUUUGAGGACCGUUUGACGAAGUUCAUCGCUGGCGAGGGCGAGAACGAAAGCGCUGCGCCUGCUGCUGCACCGCCCGUUCCCGGACCGUACGGGCCCUUCGCGCACUACAGCACCAUCUCGUCCGCCUCGAGCUCGAAGCCGCCCAGUCCGGCGCCUACUGGCUUGAAUCCGCACGUGCGACCUGGAUCAAGCGCUUCGAUGCGCGUCCCGGGUCUCCCGCCACCGCCGGGUAUUCACAUCGACCGCGCGUCGAGUGCGAUGGAGAACCGUCGCGCAGGGUCGCCUGUACCCAUGCAAGUGCCCCGAACAGCGAACGCCGCUACGACGAGCUUUGCUCAGAGCCCGUCGUACUAUGGCAGUCACGGCCGGCUGAACGGAUUGCAGCCUGUGUCCAGUGUGCCGGAGGGCGACGGAGAGCAGACGGCUGUUGCUACUAAUGGCGGAGGGUGGUGGGACUCGGCAUACGGCUCAACCCCAAGAGCGGCAUCGUUCGCGCAAGAUGACACCGAUCCCAGUAAUGCGGAAGGCGGCCAGUUCCUUAGCCUCAUGGAGACGCCGCAGUUCGGUAACACACCUGCGGGGACGCCUUCUGUGGGUGCGCGGACAUUACCGAAGGACGACUUCGACGAUGACGACGACCUCGGACUCAGCACUGCGGCUUCCCGGAAGAAGAAAGCGGAGUCUGACGCGGGCGCUGGGGACGCGAAGGCGAAGGAGCCGGCAACAAGACCUGACCCAACGCCUAAACAGACUGGCAAGGACUCUGGUCCUCCGGCCGGAGGGUCUUCCUGGUUCGGCAAGUGGUGGGGCAAGCGCGAGAGUACGCCAGGCCCUAUCAAGGCAACGCUAGGCGAGGAGAGUAGCUUCUACUACGAUAAGGACCUGAAGAAGUGGGUCAACAAGAAGGCCGGAGCAGAAUCCUCCAAGCCCGCCACACCCUCACCGCCUCCAUCGCGCGUGCAGACGGCCUCGCCAGGACAUGCAGUGCCGCAUAAUGGCUCUGCGCUAGCGCCACCUUCGCGACCAGCUUCCGCGGUCGAUGUCACGUCGCCGCCGAAGCGGGCGCCGCCUCGUGGACGCUCAAAUCUGGCGCCCGUCGACACGGACCCAAACUUGCCGCUUCGUCCACCUUCUACUGUUCAACAGCCCAUGACGCCUCUAGGCAUGACACCGCCACCCACUCCCGGCGCACGUCCGAAGAGCUCGGCUGCGAAGAGGAAUAUACGCAGUCGCUAUGUCGACGUGUUCCAGCAGGAGGGCUCGCAAUAG